AUGGCUGGUCUGAACGUGUCCCUGUCCUUCCUCUUCUCCACCGUGGCCCUCUGCGAGGCGGCCAGGAGGGCGUCCAAGGCCUUGCUCCCCGCAGGCGCCUACGGCAGCUUUGCCCGGGAGGCGGUGGGCGCGGCCCAGCUGGGGGCCUGCUGCCUGGAGCUGAGGGUGCUGGCGGAGCUCGGGCCCUGGGUCGGGGGCUUCGGGCCCGACCUGCUGCUGACCCUGCUCUUCCUGCUCUUCCUGGUGCACGGGGCCACCCUGGACGGGGCCUCGGCCAACCCCGCCGUGUCCCUGCAGGAGUUCCUCAUGGCCGAGGCGUCCCUGCCCAGCACGCUGCUGAAGCUGGUGGCCCAGGGGCUGGGGUUGCAGGUCGCCCGCACCCUGACCCACUUCUGCUGGGCCUGGGGGCUGAGCGACCUGCACCUGCUGCAGAGCCUCAUGGCCCCGGACUGCCGCUCGGCCCUGCGCACGUCCGUGCCGCACGGAGCGCUCGUGGAAGGCGCCUGCGCCUUCUGCUUCCACCUGCUACUCCUCCGCCUGCGGCACAGCCCUCCCGUCUACAGGGUGCCUGCCGUGGCCCUGCUGGUCGCCGUCACAGCCUACACAGCUGGGCCGGUCACGUCUGCCUUCUUCAACCCUGCCCUGGCCGCCGCUGUCACCUUCCGCUGCUCGGGGCACACGGUGCUGGAACAUGCGCAGGUGUACUGGCUGGGCCCUCUGACAGGGAUGGUUCUGGCCGUGCUGCUGUCCGAGGGCCGCCUGCCCCGCCUUUUCCGGAGGAACCUGCUCUACAGUCAGAAGAACAAGCACCGAAACCCCAGAGGGAAGCUGGCCCCAGGCCCUGGGGACACCCAGGCACCCGCAAAGGGGCGAAGCCGGCAGAGGACCAGCGCCAACGCAGCACACGCCUGUGACACCAGCUGCAUCGGGGACCCCAAGGCCACAGGUGCUCCGCAGGUUGGCUGGCCUGGGAGCCCUGCGGCGUGGCGGGAGGCCCAGACCUUUCGCUGCGGCUUCAGGGUGGCUGACCUGCUGGGCCGCGGCGGCCUGCGCCUCCCCUCGGCCUGCCCGGGCCAUCCCAUGGCCACCUGGGAGGGCCUGCCGGGCCUGGGACCAGGGCGGUGGGCAAAGGUGGCCCCUGACACACCACACCUGAGCCCAGGUACAGAAAGGCCCAGCAUGGGGAGUGUCCCCCUGUUCCACCCGUGCCACGCAGGGCUGGGCUGGGCUGAGGGGCCUCAGAACCAGCAGCCCAUGGACCAGCACCAGAUCUGCCUGAGAGGCUGCACCCGAGCCCUCCGCACCCGGUCCGUCACCCUGAAUCCCGACCUCCCCGCCAUCCCUGUCCCUAAACAGCCGUCUGCCCAGCAGCUGGGGGCGGGGCUGCACUGCCCAGCUGGGGUCCUGACCCCUCUCCUCCUGAUCCCUGCCCGGGACAGGCCCCACUGCCCGGGUGCUGUCUGA